CUAAUAAAUAACUAUGUUAUGUAUUUGGUUUCACUAUUAUUAAAAUCAUAGCAACUGAUACCAACCAGUUUAUUGCAACUUUACACUACAACAGUUUUCCUGGGGAUGGAAGUGGACUGUAAACCAGAGGACCUGUCGAAGUGUUCCUAUGAAGAACGCUGUGUGGAGCUGGGAGAGGUUAAAGACAUGAGGCUGGAAGCUGAGGCGGUGGUCAAUGAUGUGCUCUUCGCAGUCACAGACAUGCACGUCUCUCACAGUCUUACCAGUGGAGUAGAUGUGGCGCACAUAAACGUUGAAACCAGAGAGGGAAACCGGUAUUACUUAGAGCUCACCGAGGCUGGAUUGAGGGUGGUGGGACACGCCUUUGAUCAGGUGGAUGAAGGUUUGAGCACCCAGUAUCAUGAGACUGUUUACUCACUGUUGGAUUCCCUGAGCCCUGGUUACAGAGAAGCGUUUGGAAAUGCUUUGCUACAGAGACUAGAGAGGCUUAAACAAAAUGGACAGUGAGGGGUUCAGUAUCACUAAACCAUCUGAGCUCGCUAAAAGUUCAACCAAGUCCUGUGCUGCCCUCUGCCUGAAGUAUCAGUGAUGCUUACCGUUUUUAACCUGUUGUUUGUUUUAACAAAACAUCUUGUGAUUAUUUGGAACAUGACUUGCUAGUGAUGUUUUGGAACAUGACUUGCUUGUGAUGUUUUAAGUAUUUCCUGUUUUAUUUAGAGAAGUAUUAUUGGAGGCAGUGCUGUGACACAUGAAGGGCCCAGAUUAAUACUGUGCGUUCAUUUUCAUGGUAAAAUAUUUGGGGACAUUGUCAUUGAAACGAAUGUAUUUUGUGUUAACAUGAAGGUGCACUGACUUUGAUGUAAUUGUGUACUAUCUCCAUACUGUACUUCCAUCAAUGGUGAACAGCAUGGUUCAGUAUGGUCAUUAAAAAGUUGUCUGUUGCCUUACUACUAAAUUCACAUUUUAAAGUUUGAGCUGUCCACAGGGUUGUGGAUCAAUCGUUUUGAAAACUUAAAAAUGACAAUUUAUUCAGUAUCUUACCUUCCCCUGCUCGAUAGUGGUGUCAUAUAAACUCCCUUUUGUUAAUGUAAAAAUGUGUUAAGUCAGCAGAAAGUACUGAAAAGCCAAAACUGAUGAAUGAUGGUAAAAUCCAUUUUCAAACCCUCCAAAAUCUUUUGGGAAAAAAAUGACGAUGACACCUCUGUAGAACAUAAUGAUAAUGUAGGUAUUGGUCUUUUUUCUUAAAUCAGUCCCAAGCAUAAAAGAUGGUGCAUUUUAGCACUAAAGCUGUACUGGCAACACCCCAAUUUCUAUUGUAAAGACUGAGAAAUUCUCAUGGUUGAUUAAACAUAUCACACAAUAUGUAAUCUGAAUAGUGGGUGUUUUUAAGUGUUUAAAAAAUAUUUUUAGGGAUGAAAGAUUUUCUGAUUGGGAUAAAGUAAGCUUUAUAUACUGCACAGAAUUGCACUACAGGAAAUAAGCUAGCCAUUUUCUGACUUGUUUAGAAGGGCUGCUUAAAUAUUUAGCAAAGGUUACAUUCCACAUCCUUUUUGUUUUCAUCUCCCUUUAAUUUGUUUCAGAGAGCAUACAACUUUAAUCAUUAAAUGCCUCAAUGCAGGAAGUUCUUGUAUGAUGGGUUUCUACCUCGUAUUGGGUUUUCAAAUUUCAGCCCGAUUACUCUUGCAUGUCAGGUGGUUUUGGAUAAGCAAAGGAUGGUGGUAUGUUUGGUGGUAUGAUGUGGUAUGCUAUUUUGUUAAAAAAGGAACACAAAACAUCUUAAAUCCGUUUUAAACAAGCCUGUUAAUAAUUUUCUUAAUUUCUAUAAACAUCAAAGACAAGUCAUAUAAAUUUGUGUUUUGAUGGCUUAUAUGGCACAAAUACCUUGAACUUCAAGAAAGUUGCUUGCUUUUGUUUCCUUAUAAUAAAAAGCACACAUUAAAAUGUU